AACAGGAGAGCAGUACGCCCCAUUCUACGUACGGCAUUCCAGCAGUGGAGACAAACCGCUCCUCCUCGUAGAGCAAGCUCGUCUCUUUAGUUCAAACUUUUAGUUCCGAUAAACGUGCGGAGGGAUGAAAGCUGUUUGGUUGAUCUUCGCGGCUCUGUCCGUGCUGACGAUCUUUGAGCUGAUUCCUGAGAGUGGUGCUGAUCCUUACGACUACGAUGAAAAUUAUCCACCGGAAGACGAGUACUCCGACAACGCCAUUGAUCAUUUACUACGCACGGCACAAAAACGUUCUUCCUUAAUUUACCUUUUCAGACGGGCCUGCAUCAGGAGAGGGGGAAACUGUGACCACAGACCCAACGACUGCUGUUACAACAGUUCUUGCCGCUGCAACCUGUGGGGCUCCAACUGUAGGUGCCAGAGGAUGGGCAUAUUCCAGAAAUGGGGCAAAUAAGAAGCCUCAUUGAGAAUCUUCCCUUCAACGGAUUAAAAUCUUUCGAUGAAAAUUUUCAGAGUGAAUAGAGACAAGAACAACUCAACUUACUAGUUCUUGACUAGUCCGUAACUAGUUCUCCUAUUCGUUUUUAUUUCUCAAAUCUCUAUGUUCUCUGAAAAAUUUCUUCGUCAAUCGACCCAAGGCUUCAUUCUAGGAUAUGAUAUCGAUGAAUUCGUAAAACUAUGUUCCUUCAGUUAUUGCUUGGACCGAGUUAUCAAAUACUUGAUUUAGCACUGAUUUUCGAACAGAAAUGGUUGUUUAUUUUUGAUAAAACCUCCCUUAUGGGAUAUAGUAUUAUUUUAUCAAGGAUCCUUUGACUGAAUGGAAAAUUCUGGGGAACAUCUUCGGAAAAUUAUAUUUGAAAAAUCUUGUUCAUCGCAAAUUUGUUGCAAGUUGCGAGUGAAAUGCUCGAAAAAUCAUUUCUCAGUUCGAUUUCUCCCAUAAUGUGACAAACAAUUUGAGAGAAUCACCUGAAACUAGACAUUCUAAAAUGAUAUUUGAAAAACUUUCAAUUCCCUUUUGAGAACAAAUUUAACGAUGAUGAGAUUUUUCAGGUCAGAUGCUCUUUCAUUGGGGAUUCCUUCCAGCCACAUCCUCAAUGAGAUUGCUCGUCUGACUUUCUUCUUGAUUUUGAACUGAAAAUUAUUCAACAUAUUACUAGUUAUAUGAAAAUAAAUGUUUAUAUAGAUGUGAUGUUGUAAUUUACGGCAUGAUCACACAGUCUGAUAUAACAGUGAUAUUACUGUGUCUGAAUUGUGCCAUUAAAUUAGUUAUAUCGAAUCCUAUAAAAUGUUUCUAUAUGUAAAAGGGUACAACAUUCAAACGAUUCUGUCAAUAUUAAAUAUAAUAUCAAUUGGCCUA